CUUUUUCCUCUAAUUUUCUUAAGAAAUUAGAUGAGUCGAUCCACCGCACCAAUGGGAGAUCUUGAUUAGAACCCGAAAAGGAAAGAGAAAAUAAACCCAUUUUUUUCAACACAUUAAAAAAAAGGGACCCAGGUUCUCUUUGUUUUCCUCCUCAUUCUUUCUUGAUCUAUGGGAGAGCUUCAAUAACCAUUACCCAGAUCUAAAAAAACAACUUGCUUAAUUCUUUGAUCCAAAAAAAAAAACCAAGAAAAAGGGGAAGAGAAAGAGGAAAAAUACCCAAUUUUUUUGUGGGUGUUAAAAUAUUCAAUGCAGUGAAGGUCCUUUGUUAAGACCAACUUAAAAAAGGGGAGUUUUGAAGGGAACCCAGAUCAAGAAAUUGAAGAUUAAAUCAGGAAAAAAAAGAGAAGGGGAAAGGGUUGGAUCUGAUGGUUGUGGGAUUGGGUGCAGAUCCGAGCAGCGAGAUAUAUUGUGGAGAAGUGGAAUUUGAUAACAAGAACAAGUGUGGCGUGUUUUUGGAGCCAGUGGAUUUGUUCAGGUGUGGAGGGGCUGCAUAGACAAGGAUGCAGCUUCACGUCUCGCCUAGCAUGAGAAGUUUAACGAUAUCAAGCAACAAUGGGUUUAUUGACUUGAUGAAGAUCAAAGUGGCAGCUAGACAUAUUUCAUAUAGGACCCUUUUCCAUACCAUUCUUAUUCUCGCUUUCUUGUUGCCUUUCGUCUUCAUUCUUACUGCUCUUGUUACCCUUGAAGGUGUCAACAAGUGUUCCUCAUUUGAUUGUUUAGGUAGGCGGUUAGGACCGAGGCUUCUUGGUAGAGAUGAUUCAGAGCAGAGACUUGUUAAGGACUUCUAUAAGAUCCUCAAUCAAGCAAACACCGAGGAAAUCCCAGAUGGUGUAAAACUUCCAGUUUCAUUUAAUCAACUUGUUUCUGAAAUGAAGAACAACCAAUAUGAUGCAAAGACCUUCGCACUCAUGUUAAGAGCAAUGAUGGAGAAACUUGAAAGAGAAAUUAGGGAAUCAAAAUUUUCUGAGCUGAUGAACAAACACUUUGCAGCAAGUUCCAUUCCGAAAGGUUUAUACUGCCUUUCUCUGCGUUUAACCGACGAAUAUUCUUCAAACGCUCAUGCACGCAGACAAUUGCCUUCUCCUGAGCUCCUCCCUGUUCUUUCCAACAACUCUUACCACCACUUUGUCUUGUCAACAGACAACAUAUUGGCUGCAUCAGUUGUCGUCACUUCUGCCGUUCAAUCAUCUCUAAAACCCGAAAAGAUUGUCUUCCAUAUCAUCACAGACAAGAAGACUUAUGCAGGUAUGCAUGCCUGGUUUGCACUAAACCCUGUGUCCCCCGCGAUAGUCGAAGUGAAAGGUGUUCACCAGUUUGAUUGGUUAACUAGAGAGAAUGUACCCGUGCUUGAGGCUGUGGAGAAUCAUCAUGGCGUCAGAAAUUACUAUCACGGCAAUCAUAUUGCAGGAACAAAUCUCUCCGAAACUACUCCACGAACAUUUGCUUCGAAAUUGCAAGCUAGAAGUCCAAAGUACAUAUCUUUACUCAACCAUCUUAGGAUAUAUUUACCAGAGCUUUUUCCGAACCUUGACAAAGUGGUGUUUCUAGACGAUGAUGUCGUAAUUCAGCGUGAUUUGUCGCCACUUUGGGAUAUCGAUUUAUGGGGAAAGGUUAAUGGAGCUGUUGAAACUUGUAAAGGCGAGGAUGAGUGGGUGAUGUCCAAACAUUUCAGAAACUACUUCAAUUUUUCCCAUCCCCUUAUAGCUAAGCAUUUGGAUCCCAAUGAAUGUGCAUGGGCAUAUGGGAUGAAUGUUUUCGAUCUCCAUGCAUGGAGAAAGACGAAUAUAAGAGAAACAUAUCAUUACUGGCUGAAAGAGAACCUGAAGUCGAACCUAACAAUGUGGAAACUUGGAACUCUACCACCUGCACUGAUUGCAUUCAAAGGUCAUAUUCGUCCAAUUGACCCGUCAUGGCAUAUGCUCGGUUUGGGCUAUCAGAGUAAGACCAAUGUCGAGAAUGCAAAAAGAGCUGCAGUUAUUCAUUACAAUGGCCAAUCGAAACCAUGGCUGCAGAUUGGCUUUGAGCAUCUUCGGCCAUUUUGGACCAAGUAUGUAAACUACUCCGAUGAUUUUGUUAGGAACUGCCACAUAUUGGAAUUGUAGUUAAUCGGAUUAGAGGAGUUAGAAGGGACGAUAUAGACUCGGAAGUAUGCAAGUCGAGUGUUUUUCAUUGCAGCCUGAAAAAUAUAUCGAGAUGUAUUUCAGAAAGGUAAGGGGGUGAACAAACGGAGUAAAGAGUGGGUUGGAUUAACCGCCAUCACUCGAAAAAUGCAUGCUGUAGCCAGGAGAGGGCCUGCAUUUCUAGCACGGCCAUGAAAAUUCUUUCUUUUUUCAGUUUGUAACAUAGCAAUCGAUCAAUAUUUAUUUAUUUUUGAUGUGGGAAAAGGAUACUCGUAUUGGUCUUCCUGCAAGGGUUAUUGUCUUAUUGUUCAGGUUCAGAAUAAGGUGUGAAAAUACACAGAUACUCGGAAGUGUUUCCCCAUUGGUGUCACUGCUGUAGGAACACAAUGGCCAUUUGGUAAGGGCUCAUACAUCAAACCUACACUCUUCUUUCUUUCCUAUCCUAAAAAAGGAAGAAGAAGAAGAACCUGUUGGUUUCAUUUGUUCUUUCUCCUUUUGCCUUUAUUUUGAAAUAUUUGUGGAAUUUAGAACUUAGAUUAUGGAGAUUGCUUUGUUUGCAGCUCCCAUGAACCAGGGACCUGCUCUUAGGUUUUAUAAUAUUCACAUGUUGUUAUCAUGAGAAUCAUUUCAAACAACUUUGCC